GAGAAGUUAAAGCUGCCUUUGUCAUCAUCAAGGGCUUUUUACAACAUUUGCUUCGUCACAAGCCAGACGCAAUCGUGUACACAGUGCUUGCUCUGCAAGGCCCUGAAGAGCUGCCACGGGAGGAAAAAAGCCGUCAGAGCCCCAAAGUGUUUCCCUCCCUCUAGCAGGCACCAUGUGUACGACAGCAGAGGUUGCGUGGUAACGGCAGCAGGAAGGCGCCAGCUCUGCCCCCCCUCGAUCCCGCACAGCACCGACAACAGCAAGGUCUUAUCUCAACCGUCAAAAUGGAGCUUGACAUCCAGUGUGAAGAGAUGAGCCCAUCUAGAUGGGCUGAACUUCUGACCACAAUGAAAUCCUGCAAAACCAUCAGGUUGGAUGAUUGCAAUCUCUCCAGCAGUAACUGCCAGGAUCUCUCUUCCAUCAUCAAUACAAAUCCAUCCCUCACAGAGCUGAAGCUGAACAACAAUGAGCUGGGAGAUGCAGGUGUUGAAUACCUGUGUAAAGGGUUGCUGACGCCAAGCUGUAGCCUACAGAAGUUAUGGCUGCAAAACUGCAAUCUGACAAGUGCCAGCUGUGAGACCUUGCGCUCUGUCCUCAGUGCCCAGCCAUCCCUGACAGAGCUGCACGUAGGGGAUAACAGACUGGGAACUGCUGGAGUGAAGGUGCUGUGCCAAGGGAUGAUGAACCCCAGCUGUAAGCUGCAGAAGCUGCAGCUGGAGUACUGUGAACUCACAGCUGAUAUUGUGGAAGCUCUCAAUGCUGCUCUGCAAAGCAAGCCCACCCUGAAAGAGCUCAGCCUGAGCAACAACACGCUGGGAGAUACAGCUGUAAAGCAGCUGUGCCGGGGCCUGGUGGAGGCAAGCUGCAACCUAGAGCUACUACACUUGGAGAACUGUGGCAUAACCAGCGAUAGCUGUAUGGAGAUUAGUGCUGUUCUCAGGAACAAGUCAUCUCUGAUGGAUCUCUCUGUGGGGGACAACAAGAUUGGGGACCCUGGUCUGGCUCUGCUGUGCCAGGGACUGAUGCAUCCUAGCUGUAAAAUCCAGAAGCUGUGGUUAUGGGACUGUGAUCUCACAAGUGCUAGCUGUAAAGAUCUCUCCAGACUCAUCAGUUCAAAGGAGACCCUCACAGAGAUCAGUCUGAUAGACAAUAACCUGAGAGACUCAGGGAUGGAAAUGCUCUGUCAGGCACUCAAGGAUCCGAAAUCUAAACUUCAGGAGCUAUGGGUUAGGGAGUGUGGGCUCACCACUGCUUGCUGCAAGGCUGUCAGCUCUGCUCUCAGCACCAACAAGCACCUGAAAGUACUGCACAUAGGCGAGAACAAGCUGGGAGAUGCAGGUGUCGAGCUCCUGUGUGAAGGGCUGAUGCACCCCAACUGCAACAUCCAGUCCCUAUGGCUGGGUAACUGUGACCUGACAUCAGGCUGCUGUGCCACCCUUGCCACUGCCAUGGUCACCAAGCAGUGCCUCACCGAGCUGGACCUGAGCUACAACCCUCUGGAAGACGAAGGCAUCAGGAAGAUCUGUGAAGCCUUGAGGAAGCCCAGCUGCAACGUGCAGCAGUUAAUUUUGUAUGACAUUUUGUGGAGUUCUGAAGUGGAUGAUGAAUUGAGAGCCUUGGAAGAGUCCAAGCCUGAAGUGAAGAUCAUUUCAUGAGUGGUGACUGCCUGCAGAACAACAUCAAAGCAAUGUCCUCUUCUUAAUCUGAAUUUUUCAUAUGUAAAACUAAUUAACUUAAUAGGGAAUUUUCUUGUACCGAAACCAUUCGUGGAUUCCCUGAGUGGGUGUCUGGGGAGCUGCUCCACCUUCUCUGCAUCUCUGGAUGUACUAACUCUGAGACUCAUGAAAGCUGCAGCAUCACUAUCCUUGAAAUAAACAAUUACUGUCUUGUAGAAGUGGGUCUCUAGCCUUUAGGAGCUCUUUAAUCCUAUAAUCCCUUCUAACCAAUUAGUUGGGCUUUAAAGAGAGCUCCUUUCCCAAGGCAAGAGAACUACGCACUAUAUUGUUACUGGGUGGUGCUUUUGGUAGGUCUCUGGGGAAGGCUCUCAAAAAAACCUAAAUGUUUUUAAUUUAAAUUGAGCUCUCCCUUGUCUUUCCCUAAAAGAGUUCUUGGAAAAGCAGUGGUGGCCAAGGCACUAGAGAAAAAAGAAAUGAGCAGCUGUUCAGCUGUGUAAUGUCAAAAUUCAUGUCCUUUGAAAAGUGAUUUUCCUACAAACAAAAGAUGCUGUGUGCAUUUCUGCUAGUAUGGGAAAUGAUUAAAUGAUUGAUAUGUUUGAUCUGGCAAAGAGUAGUUCUACAGGAACUUUAUACUUAAUUUUUCUACUUAUAAAAAUAAAAUAUAUCUGUAUAUUUCUCCUUAAAGACCAAUUUAGUUAUUUGUGAACUGCAAUACUACUAACACCUUGUUUUACUUGUUUGUUUUUUGUAAGUUCCUAGCUGAAACUCGUCAGGAGAGGAUCUUAAUCAAGGCUUUAGGUAAAGAACAAGCCUAAAAGACAUUUCAGUUUUCAGGAGACACUCAGGUUUCAUGCCCAGAGUUAGAAGAAACCUUUAUUCCAACAGAAAAUGCAGCUGCUGCACACCUAAACCACAAAAGAGUGAAUAUAGCUUUAAAAAUACAGAAGGCAAGCCUAGCAUUGUCCUUGGCUGGCCUUGCAGGAUGAAUGCCAAAAAAUCCCAUUGUCCAGCAUGUCUUCCUGGAGUGGUCACUUGGUGUUUCCUUCACUGACAAAUUCUGUGUGGCACCCAAGGUAAAGGUGUUCUCCAGGCUUUGCUUUUUGCUGCUCACAUUCAUCCCAUAGAGGCCACAACUGGCCUUUCGUUGUCCUAGAAGAUUUGACCUAAGCAGUUUUUACAGUAGCCUUCACAAACCUAAAACGGUGCAUGAGAAAUAGCUUCCCUGUGUCUUCAGGCAGGUGUGAAGGAUAGGAUUUGGUUUUUUCCUCAAGGCAUGUCUCAUAGCUGCCCAAAAUGCUAAAAACCCACUCCU